CUCAGGUCCAUCUUCCAGCCGCGGUUCUGCGCCUCGCCCGUCGCCCUCGCCGCCACCGUGGCCGCCGCGCCCGCCGCCGCACCACCGAAGAAGAAGACAGGAAACGGCUUCAAGACGCGGUCGGACUUCGCCAGCCGCUCGGCGUACGUGGAGUACGUCCAGGACAACCUGAAGAGCGGCAUGAUGGUCCGCAUGCUGGAGGACUACGAGGAGGUCAGCGCCGGGGACGAGGGCGGGUUCAGGAGGUACAGCAACGACGGAUCGCCCCCCGUACAGGUGUACUGGAACUCCCUGUCCAGGACUUACUGGGUCCACUGGCACAUGGUGGAGAUCCUGGACAGCGGCAGCAGCAGUCAGAGUGAGAAGGAGACGCAGGAGAAAGCUUCCACCCUGACUGAGACCAUCAAACUCACUGCAGUGAGUCAGACGUUCUUCUCGAAGCCCCCCGGUGGUCUCUACUCUCUGCCGUACCUGUCUGAGGGUCUCCACAUGGAACCGCUGGCGCUGACCCGGGCCGAGUGGUGGGAGAUCCUGUUCUUCAUCAAGAAGCUAGAACCCAAGCAGCAGCAGGAAGUCAACGGCAUGCUGCUGCAGAGCCUCGAGGACCAGGAAGGGGACCUGGACGACCCGGCUCUGAUCAGUCUCUCGGUUCCGGGCGACGCGGCGAAGAAGCUUCUUCACUUCCUGAAGCAGAAGCUCCCGUCGUCGUGUCUCAGCGACCUGCUCUGCUCACACUGCUUCAGCAAGUACUACCUGAGGAGAGGAGGGGGGGGCAGCCUGGAGGACGAGGAGCUGCUGGCUGAAGGCUCUCUGGGUUCCUCUGGGCUCGGAGGAGGAGGAGGAGGAGGAGGUGGAGGAGGACAGAACGCCUCCUCUUCAUCGUCCACCUCGGCCUCCUCUUCCUCUGCGAUGGGCUCCGUCUCUAAAAAAGCCAAAAAGGAACUUCCUGUGGACUCCGGCUGCGGCGGCUCGGAGACGGAGAGCGAGCUGCCGACCGAAGACGACAGCAAGUACCCCGAAGACCUGGAGGACAAGAUGAAAGUGUUUAACAACCCUCGGGUUCAGGGGAAGAAGACGGUUCUGGAGAAGCUGGGUGAGGUGGUGGACAUCCUGAAGAAAGGCGGCGCCGGCUCCGACCCGGCUCAGCAGCUGGCAGCGGUUCUGUUCAUCAGCAGACUGCUGGAGGAGAAGACGGGUCAGGAGAAGAACUCGAUGAGGAGCGACUCGGCCCAGACCAUACGGGACAAGGUGCUGAAGCUGCUGGUGGAGCUGCUGGGGUCGUCCUGCAGAGACGUGGUCGUCAGCUCUCUGAGACUCACCCACCUCCUGAUGGUGCGCUACGAGUGGAGGGUCUCCUUCGCCACGGAGGGCGGAGUCAAGGCGGUGCUGUCCGCCAUGACGGAGUUCUCCUCCGUCACACACGUGCAGCAGCUCGCACUCGCGACCCUGAAGGUGAUCACGGGGGCCAGUAAGCAUGACCUCCGCAGCGUGGGCAGCAGCCUCCCUCUCUCAGAGUCGGGGACUCAGAUGAUGUUGGAGAUCUUCGCCUCCAUCGGCUCGGCGACGCCGGAGGGCUCCAAAGGGCUGCUGGCCGCCGUCCCCACCGCCAUCGACCUCAUGCUCAAGACUAAGAGCUCCAUGCUGUCGGUGCGUAACGGGCUGCUGGUCAUCAUCAUGCUGAUCUCUAACCACAAGAGUCUGGCGGAGCAGCUGGUGGCGUGUGACGUCACCGCCGUCCUGAAGAAGUGUCUCUCUCUGUCCGGGGCCGAGACCAUGCUCGCCAUCAUCGCCCUCAACCACAUCUCCAUGGUGCACAAGCUGGAGCGCAAAGAGUCUCCAGAGCAGCUGGACUUUAAGGACACGGAGCUGCAGAUGUUGGUCGUGAGUCUGAAGGAACUGACGGCGACGAAAGAAGUGAUUCAGACUCUGGAGCAGCUGCUGUGUGACGACACGUCACAGCUGGAGGACGAACGCAGCCAGGUGACUCACAGUCGGGACACGUACCAGGAUCUGGUCCGUCUGAUGGAGCAGCACCGAGCCGACCGGGCCGUGCAGCUCUCCAUCCUCAGGAUUUUGAAUAAGUUCCUGGACAACUAUCAGGAGGACGUGCUGCCGUGGCACGAGAGCAUCGAGCCCUGUCUGUCCUCCAUGACGGCCUUCAUCAACGACAGAGAGGUGGUCCAGCUGUUCAUCCGGUUCCUGUACCGGCUGGCGUCGCUGAACAAGGACUACACGGUGGUGAUGUGCCGGCUGGGGACCAAAGACGCGCUGGUGAAGGCUCUGGACAAGCACAGCACCAACCUGCUGCUGGUCACCGAGCUCCGAGACCUCGUCACCGACUGUGAGAAGUACGCCAGCCUCUACAAGAAGAUGACCACCAGCGUGCUGGCCGGCUGCAUCCAGAUGGUGCUCGGUCAGAUCGAGGAGCAUCGCCGGAGCCAUCAGCCAAUCAACAUCCCCUUCUUCGACGUCUUCCUCAGGAACCUCUGCCAAGGGUCCAGUGUGGAGCUGAAGGAGGAUAAGUGCUGGGAGAAGGUCGAGGUUUCGUCCAAUCACCAUCGAGCGAACAAGCUGACGGAUAAAAACCCGAAAACCUACUGGGAGUCAAACGGCUGCACGGGGUCGCACUUCAUCAACCUCUACAUGCACAAGGGCGUCGUCAUCCGACAGCUGGCCAUCCUGGUAGCCAGUGAGGACUCCAGCUACAUGCCGGCCCGUAUUCUGGUUCUGGGCGGAGACGACCCGAUCAACAUCAACACGGAGCUGAACACGGUGAAUGUGACUCCCUCAGCCAGCCGGGUGGUUCUGCUGGAGAACAUGACGAGGUUCUGGUCCAUCAUCCAGAUCAGAGUGAAGAGAUGUCAGCAGGGCGGUAUCGAUACGAGGGUCCACGGGUUCGAGGUUCUGGGUCCCAAGCCGACGUUCUGGCCGGUGUUUAAGGAACAGCUGUGCUGCCGGACCUACCUGUUCUACAGCACCAAGGCUCACACCUGGUGCCAGGAAGUGAUGGAGGACAAGACCCAGCUGCUGCAGCUCUUCAACAAACUGAACAGCGCUCUGAGACAUGAGCAGAUGUUUGCAGAUCGUUUUCUUCCAGACGCCGAAGCGGCCGAAGCUCUCGGUCGAACCUGCUGGGAGGCUCUGAUCACCCCGAUAGUCCACAGCAUCACACUGUCAGAAUCCUCGGCGUCCAGCCCACUGUCCUGGCUGCUCAGUGAGUAUCUGGACAACGCCGAGACGGCUCGCCGCUGUAAGAGCCGCGCCGCCAUCUUUAACUCCCGCGUCCGACGCCUCACACACCUGCUGGUGCACGUGGACACGAGCCGCACCGACGGGGAGGAGCUCAAACCACCCGUCAAAUCAAACGGUAAAGAAAGUAAAAACAAAGACAACACGGCGGCCUCUUCCUCCUCCUCGUCUUCCUCAGCCAAACCCAGAGUGAAGAGCAGCAGCAGCAUCGCAGGCAUCGCCCUCUGCUGGCAGGGAGUGGUACAGCGCCAGGUGAAGAAGUUUCUGGAGUCGAGCUGCAGCCUGCCGGACUUCGUGGAGCGAUACCGGACUCUGUACCUGCGGCUGAAGAACGCCAUGGAGGAGCUGUUCGGGCAGCAGACCGCCUUCGUCCUCGCCCUCCGACACGGAUUCUCUGCUGCUCUGCUGCAGCUCUCCAUCCUCAAAGCCAUGCACGUCAGUGAGCGUUUUGCUCAGUACAUCGAUCAGAUGAUUCAGGCCAGCGGCUCCGUCUCCGGCAGCGUAGAGACUCUGGAGAGACUGCAGCAGUUUCUGGAGCCGAUGCUCUUCCUGUCCGGCCUGGAGCUCGCCAACACCUUCGAGCACUUCUACAGGUACUACCUGGGCGACCGGCUGCUGGCUCAGGGCAACGUGUGGUUGGAGAGCGCCGUCAUCGAUCAGAUCGGCAGCUGCUUCCCGAGUCGCUUCCCUCAGCAGAUGUUAAAGAACCUCAGCGAGUCUGCGGAGCUGCAGCAGGAGUUCCACCUUUACAGGCUGCAGCAGCUGGACCGCAGCCUCCAGGAGCAGGACCAGGCGAUGGAGGAUGACUGGGUGGAGUCAGACGAGGAGGCGGAGGUCCAGGUUCUGGUUCUGUCUCCGCGCUGCUGGACCGUUUCCUCGCUCUGCUUCCUGGACGAACCCGCAACACACUUCCCUGCUGAGCUCUGCUCCUACCUGAACCAGUUCACCCAGUUCUACACACACAGUCAGUCCAUGUACGGUCUGAGCCACUCGAAGCCUCGGCGGCUGCAGUGGACGUGGCUCGGUCACGCUGAGCUUCAGUUCGGCUUCUGGACGCUUCACGUCUCCACGCUGCAGAUGUUCAUCCUGCUGCACUUCAACAGCCAGGAGGAGGUGCAGGUUGAAGCUCUGCUGCAGACCAGCCGACUGUCUGCUGCUGUUCUGCUUCACGCUCUGCAGCCGCUGCUCCAAGACGGAGGACCGCUGACCUGCAGCCCCCCGGAGGAGCCCAGCCACGGUGUUCUGAGGUUGAACCAGGAGGUGCUGUCUCUGAGUCUGGAGGGCGUCCCGGAGACGAUGCAGCUGCUCCCCAGACAGACGUACCUGAACGUGGACGAGGACGCGGCGGGGACGCUGGAGAGGAAGAGGAACUACAUCUACUGUCUGAUCGUCAGCAUCAUGAAGCAGGAGAAGGAGAUGCACAUCGACAACCUCGUCUUCAAGGUCCUGGACUUGUGUCAGAGACAGGAAGCGUCUCGGUCUCCGGGCUCGGGGCGUUUCAGCUGCAGCAACAGCGACGUGCUGUCCUGCAUCAUGCACGUCAUCAGCAAAGGCUGCGUCCGCCGCAACGAGGACAACCCGCACAUCGUGGAGUUCCUCCCCGAGGACCCGUCCACGCCGCAGAAGGGCCAGGCUCAGUUCUCCUUCAGCCGGGCCGAGAUCAGGAAGGACGCCGCCGCCGCCGACGGCCAGGCCGACAUCAGUUUAGUGCCGGCACCGCGGGGGUUCGAGGACGGAGUUCUGGACGCGGUUCUGUUCUCGAUGGGACGGACGAUGACGCAAGAGGAAGUUCGUCAGCUGAUGCAGAGGACGGUCCAACAGGUAUCGGGGACUCUGAGUCUGGACCUGGACCGGGCCGAGCACCUGCUGGUCCACUGUAAGUGGAACGUGGACCUGCUGGUUCAGCGUUACACCGAUGACGCCGACGCUGUCAUCAUGGCCGCCGGCCUGAAGAGUCGGAACCCUCAGCCGCCGCCGAGCCCGACGUCCACGUGUCCCGUGUGUCUGAGUCCUCGCACCUGCAGCACGGAGCCCGUCCCCUCGCUCAGCUGCAUGCACUACUGCUGCAGGUCCUGUUGGCAGGAGUACCUGACGGCCCGCAUCGAGCAGAACCUGGUGAUGAACUGUGACUGUCCAAUCACAGACUGCCAGGCUCAGCCCACCUCUCAGUUCUUCCUCAACAUCCUGACAGACAAGGACACUAUCGCCAAGUAUGAGAACGCCCAGCUGCGAGGUUACGUGGAGUGCUGCUCCAACCUGACGUGGUGCACCAACCCUCAGGGCUGUGACCAGAUCCUGUGUAAGGAGAACAUGGGCAGCAUGGGGACCUGCUCCAAGUGCUGCUGGUCCUCCUGCUUCAGCUGCAACUUCCCCGAGGCUCACUACCCGGCCAGCUGCAGCCACAUGUCUCAGUGGAUGGAUGAUGGAGGGUACUAUGAAGGGAUGAGCAUGGAGGCUCAGAGCAAACAUCUGGCCAAGCUGAUCUCUAAACGCUGCCCGAGCUGCCAGGCUCAGAUAGAGAAGAACGAAGGCUGUCUGCAUAUGACCUGUGCCAAGUGUAACCACGGUUUCUGCUGGCGGUGUCUGAAACCAUGGAAACCGACUCACAAAGAUUACUACAACUGCUCCGCCAUGGUCAGUAAAGCAGCUCGUCAGGAGAAGAAGUUCCAGGAUUAUAACGAGAGAUGCACCUUCCACCACCAGGCCAAGGACUUCGCCAUCAACCUGGAGAACAAGGUUUCGUCCAUUAAUGAAGCUCUGCAGAUGAAGUCUCUGACCUUCGUCAUCGAUGCCUGUAAGGUGCUGGCUCAGGCUCGUAAGGUCCUGGCCUACUCCUGCGUCUACAGUUACUACAACCAGGAGACGGAGAAGAUGGACGUGAUGGAGCAGCAGACGGAGGCUCUGGACCUGCACACCAACGCUCUGCAGAUCCUGCUGGGUGAGACUCUUCAUCUGACUGCAUGACUACCUCUGCUGCAGUGCACUGAUCUGGCUUCAUGUGUCCGGCUGCUCAAACCUGAACACCUGAACACCGGACUGGAACUGAUCCGACGCAUCCAGGAGCGCCUGCUGGCCAUCCUGCAGCACUCCACCCAGGACUUCAGGGUGGGAUACCAGUCCAAGAGCAGCCAGGAACCAGAAUCCACUCAGGCCUCCAACCUGUCCAACAACACCGACGCCAACAAAGUGUCCAAGUCGGACCGAGCGUCGGACUCCGGAGACUCGGACAACAACAACAACACCGGAGAGGAAGGCGGCGAGGAGGCGGAGGACGAGGACGACGAGUACGACGAAGAGUACGUCCCCGAGUGGCACGAAGACUACGACGAGGACGACAUCGACGAGGACGACUUCUUCUCUGACGACGACGAGUCCGAGAACCUGGAGAGGGACUUCAGCCCCUUCGACUGAGCCGGGCGCAAAAACCAAACCCUGGGUAGCGAGGACUGAGAGGACACGUGGGGCCCGGCGCGGCCCCCCCUCCUCACAACCAUCCGACGCCACCGAGGAACGUCAGGAACGAUGGAGACGAUCAGAGGGACGUCCUCCUCCACCUGAACCCCCCAAACCCCCCAAACACUGCUGCACUUGCUUUUCCACUUCCUGCAUCUUACCUUCUGUGUUUUUAUAACGUACGGCAGACGGCGAGGGACAAACCAGCUCUGAGGGACAAAAGUCAGAAUCCAGAAAUCUAAAUUUAAUCUGAACUUUAUUUCAAAAGAUAAAAAGUUUGACUUUAAAGUUGUGAAGAAGACUUUUAGUUUUUUAACCAGUUUGAGUCCAGUUUGAAACCUGUUCAGUUAGUCUGGAACCAGUUAAACCAUUUAAACACAAGUCUUACAUCACUUUAAGACCAGUCCAAAACCAGUUCAGUCUUUAACCAGUUAAAACCCAGUUUGAAACCAGUCUAAACUGGUAUUAACCUUGUUUCAAACAGUCCUUAAUCUGUCUGAAACGGGUUUAAGACCAGGUCUAAUACCAGUGUGACCAGUCUCACACUCUAAAACUGAAACCACUUCAAACCCAGUUUGAACCCAGUAUACAACUGGUUCACACACCAGUCUAAAAUCAGAUAGUGACCAAAUCUGUCCUCAACCAGUAAAGGACAUAAUCUACAAACCAGUUUAAACCCAGUCUAAAAUCAUUUCAAAACUAGUUCAGUCAAAACCCAGUUUGAAACCAGUCAGAAAACUGUCUGAAACCAGUUUAAACCAGUCUCUAACCUCUAUAAAUGCAUUUAAGACCAGUCCGAAACCAAUUUGACACCAGUUUCACAUUCUAAAACUGGUUUAAACCUAGUCUGAAACCACUUCAAAACCCAGUUUAAAACCAGUAUACAACUGGUUUACUGAGACACAGUUUGGCA